AUAGACCUCUCUCUCUCUCUCUCUCUCAACACCAGUAUGGAGAAAGAAGCUGAUGACAUGAGGACCUUCGACAUGGGUGCUCUGAGGACCAACCUUCCACAAAAAAGAGGCUUGUCCAGAUACUACUCGGGGAAAUCCAAAACAUUUAGAUGCAUCGCUGACGCUCACUGUAUGGAAGAUCUCAAGAAACAAGAACAUCACGAAGCGAAGAGGAGGAAGAAGCAGCACACGGACCAUCAGAGAACGCUUGUUCCUCCUUUGUCGUGUCGGGAAGUGUCAACUAGCACCCAGUGUGCUUCACCUGCUGUUGUUGGCAUGUAAACACAGAAGGAGAAGCAAUUUAUGAUACUUCCUAGUUUGUUUUCAGUGAAUUAUGAGACAUGUUGAGUUAUGUAUUCAGAAAUUAUAAAACAAGGUAACAGACAGAAAU